UUCAUUUGGUCAUAAACGUGACCAUGCUUUUAUCAUCAAGCACAGAGACUUGUUAAAUAAUGCAUUAUUUAUAAUAACAUAACACCAAGCACAAUACACCAUGAUAUAUUGCAUUAAUAGAAUGUAGGUCUGCAUGUUUGUGCAUGUUACACGUUUGUGCUACAUGAGCAUAUCAAGAUGUUGUUAUAAUCCAUAUAUGUUACCUGAUAGCCAAUUUAAACUGAUCAUCUUGAAGCUACUUGGGUGUCUCUUUGACCAUCCCUUAUUUUUCAUAACCCUCUGUUUGUUUCCGACUCCCUCCCUCACUGCUGCCUGAAAGGGGUCAGUAUAAAUAGUUAAGACGUGACCACAUGAGAGCCACAGAUGCAAGGAUAGAAAAAAGGUGAACUCAUACAGGUAAUGUGUGCAUGUGUGAGUAUGUAUAUGCUCAUUUAUUUUACUUAAAAAAUGUGCUUGUAAUACUCAUGUUAAUACUCAGAUUAAGUUUGUCUUUAAAAGUCGGUUGCUUAUAAAAACUUAUUAAACACUUUGUUUGACUAUAUCGGAUGUCACAAUGGUAAUUUGUCAUGAUUUAUUUUAAAGCACAUGCGAAUAUAAUAAUUAUUUAACAAACAAAAAUACUUAUUGUUUUAUUAUUAUGAUAUGAUUGAUUUGUAUUUACUUUUAAAUAGGAGUCGAAUUCCUAUAUAGAAUCUCUUCUGUAUCAAGAAUUUGUGACCAGACAUCAGAUUGAUCUUCAGAUCUUGUGCUUGUUGGUGAGACUUGCAUGCAAAACAGUAAACAAUUUCGUGUACUGCUCACAGACAGCAUCCUUUGCGCUUAAAAAAAAGUUUGAGUGAAUCAAGGUCAAGGUGUGUGGGAUUUCCCCUGCAGCUAAAGCAUAAUGUGGAAGGUCCUCAUUGUGUAUCAGUUUGUCCUGAUUCUCCGGUGUGAGGCUCAGAAUCCCUGCCUCACCCAUUCGACUUACAGAGAGCCAGCCAACUCUGAUAUGACAGUUGUGUGUGGCACAAACAGGAUGGAUUUGCAGAUUUUGCUGUGUCCAAUUUACUACAAUGGAUAUAAUGAGACCACAAUGGCACUUAAUGGUCAAUUUACCAAGCCUGAGUGCAAAGGAACGGCUGACUGGACCGUCGACCCACCUGUACUGAAAUUCCAGUUCAUGAUCACUGAAACAUCCAUAUCUGAAUGCUCCAACAAGCUUGCGAUAACUCAGGAGGUUGGUUCUGGAAUGUUCUCCGACUUCUCUAGUAUACAGUCUGUGAACAUCUCUGGGCUGGUCAACUCUCAGGAUCCAAAUGCUGGAACCAUCACUUACCGCCAGGAUAUGGUCUUUCUCUUUUCCUGCAGAUACCCAUUGCAGUACUUGGUCAACAACACAGAGAUGAGUGUUUCUGGUGUGAGUCUGGCAAUAAAGGACAACAAUGGCAGUUUCAUUAGCACUCUGAGCAUGAUGCUGUUUGAGGAUUUCACAUAUACAACUCGUCUCUUUGUGCCUCCGACGGGUCUAUCGCUGAAAACCAGGGUUUUUGUGGAGGUCCGAGCAACUAAUCUCACACAAAAAUUUAAUGUUCUCUUGGAUCGUUGCCAUGCAACCACUAGUCCUUACCCAGCCAAUAGCACAUCCUUUAACUUCUUUGUCGGAUGUAGCAACGAUCCACAAACCGUUAUGGGUGUGAAUGGAGAACAACAGGUUGCGCGGUUCUCAUUCGAGACAUUUCGUUUUGUCGAGCACAAGAACCGGUCGGUGUCAACCUUUUUUGUGCACUGUUCCACCAGACUCUGUGAGACCACUUUCUGUAGAUCAUUACGCCAGAAUUGCACGAGUCCUUUGAGGAAGAGGAGAGAUGUGGAGUCAGCUCAAGGAACCUCGGUUAGUGAUGUUGCCACGGUGAGCUCGGGACCAAUUAUCACGAAAGUGGACAAUGAACCAACCAGACCUAUUGUUACAGUGUAUGAGGAUCAGAGGCAGAAUCAGGCAGUGGUCGUGGUCUCUGUGGCUGCCGGCGUGUUCGGGCUCCUGUGUCUCGUCAUGCUGGCUGUGCUUCUCUACAAGAUCCAUUCAGACAGGUUCAACAUGGACAAACCAAUGCUCUUUCACUGAAGUUUUUUGUUUAAAAACAAGUAUCCCAUUUCAGUCUACGAUCAGUCUAAACUAAGAUGUAUAGUAAGCACUCCAACAUGAAGAAUGCUCUCACGAGAGAAAGGAUGCAGAAAGCCAGGACACUACACCUCAUCAAAUCUAGGCUUCUGUACUCUGGUUGGGGUCUGGGUUUUGAGAAGACAGAGAUGACAACGAGUUAUUUUUUGUUAGUCACAUCUUAUCAUAUAACAAACCACUUGUAGCAAAUCUGUUUUUUACAGUAACAUAUCGUUUUAGAUUCUUUGUACUUUUUCAUGUAAUCGUAUUAUAUUAACUGUAUUUAAACUAUUAUAUUAACAGAAAAAAAUGGGGUUUCGAAGUUAUUCUUUUGUAUUGUUUUGCUAUGGUAAUUGAAUAAAGCAGC